AUGUCCAACACGGACGCACUCAUCGAGCUAGCCAAAGCCCGCCGCACAAUCUACAAACUCGGCAAGAACAGCCCCGUUCCCGACUCCAAGAUCGAAGAGCUCGUCAACGCAGCCAUCCUGCACGUCCCCAGCUCCUUCAACACGCAGUCCACGCGGCUCGUGGUGCUCCUGCAUGCCGAGCACGAGCGCCUCUGGGACAUCGUCAUCGAUACCUUCAUGCAGCUCGUACAGAGCGGCGCCGUGCCCGAGGCGACGUGGAAGAAUCAGACGCUGCCUAAGCUGCAGGGCAUGAAGAAUGAUCCUCUUCUACGAGACCCAGCACACAUCAAGCCCUUCUCCGAGAAAUUCGCAACCUACAAGGACCACUUCCAGCCCUGGGCGGAGCACUCGAAUGCCAUGCAUCAGUACUUCCUCUGGACAGCCCUCGAGUCCCUCGGUUUCGGCGCAAACCUCCAACACUACAAUCCCCUCAUCGACGCCCCCGUCGCCAAACAAUGGGACGUCCCCUCAGACUGGCGCCUCAUCGCGCAACUCGUCUUCGGUAGCCGGGAGGGCGAAGCAGGCGAGAAGGUCCAGAAGCCGAUCGAAGAGAGGGUUAAGAUCUUCGGCAAACUAUAA